CUCUUCUUCUUCUUCUUUUCCGGUCGUCCCCGUCUGUCGUCGCAUUUUUAUUCAAACAUGUCAUGGCAACCCCUUAUUGCCGGACUGCCCCAAUCAGCAUCACAUGAUUGCAUCCCCCCCCCUUCCCUUUGGAAGCGAAGUAUCGCCCCAUGUACAUGGAUAGAUCAUAGAUAUAGACAGACAACAAGAAGAGAGAGAGAGAGAGAGAAAGUCGCGUCAGACUUCAAACCAUUCGGCGAUCCCUGAUCCCGGCGUGCACACACACACACACACACACACUGGCUCACCACCACCAGCGGCCAAUUGCAUGGGUGCGCGGGCUAGGCCAAUCGAGGGCAGGUGGACAGCACAGGCCAGUCGCUUGGGCACCCAAAAGGGCUCGUCGUCCGGGCGUGCAUGCGAGAGCAGGGAGAAGGCUGGCGGCCGGGAGGCGUUAGUUGUUUUACGUUUAUUUCACCGUCUGCUCCACCCCUCGGCGCUUCCACCGCCCGCCUCACACACACAGACACACACACAGACAGACACACGCAGUCAGUAUAGUGUAGUAUAGUACGGUAUUCGCGGAGGGAGCCAGCCUCUCUAACAGCGUCUCGUCCCAGGUGCGUGCGCCGUGCGUGCGUGCGUGCGUGUGCGUGUGAAAUUGCGCAGGCUGCGCUACUGCAUCGCCGCCGUGCUCGUCGCCCGCGACGGCGCUCGGGCCCUAGCAGCUAAUCCGGCUCGAAGACUCUGUUCUGCCUGCCCUGGCUCCCAAGCAAAGCAAGUUAAGCAGCAGGCGGGCAGGCAGGCAGUCAUCACAGCACCAAUUCCUAAUGUAAUGUCCCCGUCGCGUGUGCCCCCCGGGAAGUAUAAGGAAGAGCCGGCGCCUGUAGUGGGCGGCCCCAAAACAAUAACAUCAACACAGGACAUGGUGAGUCGUCGCUUUUGAACCUCUUCGCUCGCUCCUCCCUUGACCCUUACCCUACCACCUACCCUACCUUACCUUGCCCUACCUUGUCCGCUCGCUCGCUCGACUACGCACGCACGCACUGGCUUGACCUGCCUGUCUGUCUCCCAUCCAUCUACCUACUACCUACACACACUACUGGCGCCGCACCACUCACUCACAACCAACCCUUGACCUCCUCCACGACCGUUGGAGUUUGGGAUUCUUUUCUUGCGCCCCCCCUCCCUUACCAACGACAACACCCCAGCCCUACUACUACUUUACUUUACCUUACCUCACCGUACCUGGUCUUGUCUUGUCUUGCUGCCUUGCGACUUACUCGACCUCUUCUUCUACUCUGCCUCUUCCUCCCUUCUGGCUGCCCUCUUCGCUCGCCUGCCUCUCCCUCCCUCGCGCUUCUUCAUCCACCCCAGCGUUUACUUACGCGUUGCAUGCUGCAGCAGCGCCCAUCCUCCUCGAUGCACGCCGCACCCUCGCUCAAGGCAUCCCCCCAGCCACCGCGCGCUGGAGGCUACAUGCAUCACCCUCACCCGUCCCAGCCAGGCUUGCCUCCGCCAAUCCACCAACCACCUCACCCACACCACCCACACCAACAACAGCAACAGCAACACCAUCCUAGGCCAGGUGUUCUCCACCAGCAGCAACAACAGCAGCAGCAGCAGCAAGCAGCCCAGCAGCAGCAUCAACAACACCAACAGGCGCAACACCACCACCAGCAGCAGCAACAGCAGCAGCAGCAAGCUCAACAUCCUCAGCACCCCCACACCCAACACGCUGCUCAACAUCACCAGGCCCAUCCGGGAUCUCCCCACCCGUCGCAGCCUGCGCAAUCGCCCGCACAGGCUCACUAUCCCUCUCCGCACCCCUCCAACCCCCAGGGACAGCCUCCUCACCAAUCGCCCUACGUGCAGCAGAUCCAGCAACCUCCUGCUCCAUCUCAGCAGCCGCAGGACGUGCCCUACUACGGCGGUGCCCACCCGAGUCCCUACAGCACAAACAGUGCGCCGAGCAAUUACUCUUCUUCAGAAACUCCAGAACUGAUGGCAGCCGCGACAAUGAACAGGCCGGGUUUCCCGCCAAUCUACCACACCCCACAGUCCAACUCGCCCGCUUCAGUUCAGUCUCCCCAGCACGACCAGCACGGAAGGCCAAUCUAUGGACAGCCCCCUGUACAGCAGUCCAUGUACUACACGCCCUAUGGCUCCACCAGUGUGCAACAGUCGCCCUACACUCAACACCCUUCCACCCAACAGCAACAGCCCCCGCAGCCACAGCAACAGCAGCAGCAGCAAAUGCCCACCGGGUCAUUGAUCAUCUCCCAUCAGGCAAACCAGCAGAUGCAUCACCCUCACCCGGCGCACGCGCAACAGCAGCAGCAACAGCAGCCCAUGACCGGAAGCCCCAAGUCGCGCAUGCCACAAACCCCUCUUACACGUCCCCCUUCCAACUUGGGUGGUGCUCCACAGGCUCCGCCUCAAGCUCCUCCCGGUGGAACACCUGGGAUGCACGGUGGCCCCCCCAAUGCGGCCAACAUCAACCCCAAUGCUGCGCCUGGUCCCAUCCCCGCGACCACUCCUUUGGUGGUCCGCCAAGACCAGAAUGGUGUUCAAUGGAUCGCGUUUGAGUAUUCCCGUGACCGUGUCAAGAUGGAGUACACGAUCCGUUGCGACGUCGAGUCGAUCAGCGUGGAUGACUUGCCCGCAGACUUCAAGACGGAGAACUGUGUUUACCCCCGCGCAUGCUGCCACAAGGAUGCUUACAAAGGCAACCGCUUGCAUUACGAGACCGAGUGCAAUACGGUCGGCUGGGCGCUCGCGCAACUCAACCCUUGCCUGAGGGGUAAGCGUGGAUUGAUCCAGCGAGCCGUCGACAGCUGGCGCAACAGCAACCAGGACCCGCGCCUGCGAAGCCGACGCGUGCGAAGGAUGGCCAAGAUGAACAACCGCAAGUCUGUUCAAGCUAACCACAUGGCUGGGCCAGGUGGACCGGCGGCUCCCGGGGUUCCCAAUUCGGCUGGUCUGCCAGCUCCUCCCCCUCAGCAGAGCAUGCCCAUGGGCGCGCCUCAGAUGCACCAUCACCACGAACACCCCGGAGGACCUCAAGGAGGAAGCAAUGAUGUUAGCGACAACACCCAUCACCAUCAACCACCAAACGGACAGCAGUCAUCAUCACCUAGCGAAGUACGUCACACACAGAAUUUCUACCCGUCGUUCCCAACCACCGACUCGGUAGGGAGCUCAAGCGGAAUGCCGCCCAUUCAUGACGGCAUGGGUCACCAUCCGCCGCAUCACGCUUCUGGCGUUUCGGUAUCGAAACAGGAACAGGACGAGGAAGAGCGCAAAGUUGCCAUGUUCGGCGACCUACCUGAGAACAAGCGCCGCAAGUUCAUUCUCGUAGAUGAUGCCCAGCGCGGAACUAGAGUCCGUGUGCGAGUCACCCUUGACAGUGUCAAGAUGGAGGAGAUGCCCGACUCGUAUCGCAAGAUCAACUCUGUAUUCCCCCGUAGCUACUUUGCCAUGCAAAUGACUUCCCCGCCAGCUAGCCCGCGCGGAAGCAGGGUGUUCGAUGACGAGCCCGACAACGAGAGCGACCCAAGCUUUCCGUUGGGAGGUCGCACGUCUGUUCCCGUGCCCACACUCGACGGCGAGGUCAGCGUGCCCAAGCCGCGUUUGACGCGGGCCAAGCGAUCAAAGGAAAUCACGCUCAACGACCUCGGGUACCGCAUGAGCUGGAGCCAGAGCCGUGUGUUUGCAGGCCGCACUCUGUUCCUGCAAAAGUCUCUGGAUGCUUAUCGCAACAAAAUGCGCAGCAGCAUCAUGGGCGCGGGACAAGAUGUCGCCACGGUCGCUCCUCACUUUGAAACCCGCAUUGGAAAGCGCAGGUGGAACGAGAGGAUCGAGAAGAGCAAGAAGAGAGGGCGCGAGGGGUCACCUUAA